GUAAGAGGCUCAUUGCGGGAAGACUGGCCAGAUCGGGGUACCCCGGGCUCUGCUUUGAUCAGGCGCACGGAAAGAGGCGGUGCUGGGUGAUCCUGCACGCACAACCGCUGCUUUCGCCACGCUUGCUCCGCUUAUCAAGUAAGGAUGGGACUUCUGUGGUGUGUGCUGGGUCUCUGCUUCUAUGGGAUCCUGCAAAGUCAUGCCUCAGAACGCUGCGAUGACUGGGGACUAGAUACCAUGAGGCAUAUCCAAGUGUUUGAAGACGAGCCAGCUCGUAUCAAGUGCCCACUCUUUGAACACUUCUUGAAAUAUAACUACAGCACAGCCCAUUCAGCAGGUCUUACUCUGAUCUGGUAUUGGACUAGGCAGGACCGAGACCUUGAGGAGCCGAUUAACUUCCGCCUCCCUGAGAACCGCAUUAGUAAGGAGAAAGAUGUGCUCUGGUUCCGGCCCACACUCCUCAAUGACACGGGCAACUAUACCUGCAUGUUAAGGAAUACCACAUAUUGCAGUAAAGUUGCAUUUCCUCUGGAAGUGGUUCAAAAAGAUAACUGCUUCAAUUCUCCCAUGAAAGUUCCAGUGCAUAGACUGUAUUUAGAAUAUGGUGUUCAGAAGAUCACUUGUCCAAAUGUAGAUGGAUUUUUUCCUCCCAGUGUCAAACCAACCAUCACUUGGUAUAUGGGCUGUCAUAAAGUACAAAACUUUAAUAAUGUAAUACCUGAAGGCAUGAACUUGAGUUUUCUCAUAGCCUUGGUUUCAAAUAAUGGAGAUUACACAUGUGUUGUUACAUAUCCAGAAAAUGGACGUACUUUCCACCUCACCAGGACUCAGACUGUAAAGGUGGUAGGCUCUCCAAAAGAUGCAUCACCUCCCCAAAUCUAUUCACCCAAUGAUCUUGUGGUCUAUGAGAAAGAACCGGGAGAGGAGCUACUCAUCCCCUGUAAAGUCCAUUUUACCUUCCUGAAGGACUCUCACAAUGAGGUUUGGUGGACCAUCGAUGGAAAAAAGCCAGAAGACACCACUAUUGACGUAUCCAUUAAUGAAAGUGUAAGUCUGAGUAAAAUAGAAGAUGAGACAAGGACUCAGCUUUUGAGCAUCAAGAAAGUAACUGCUGAGGAUCUCAAGCGCAACUAUGUCUGUCAUGCCAGAAAUGCCAAAGGGGAGGUUGACAGACCGGCCAAGGUGAAACAGAAAGCUCCCAGAUACACAGUGGAACUGGCAUGUGGUUUUGGAGCCACAGUCCUGCUGGUGGUGAUUCUCAUUGUUGUUUACCAUGUUUACUGGCUGGAGAUGGUCCUCUUUUAUCGGGCUCAUUUUGGAACAGAUGAAACCAUUUUAGAUGGGAAGGAAUAUGAUAUUUAUGUAUCCUAUGCAAGGAAUGCUGAAGAAGAAGAAUUUGUAUUACUCACCCUCCGUGGAGUCUUGGAGAAUGAAUUCGGAUACAAGCUGUGCAUCUUUGACCGAGACAGUCUGCCUGGGGGAAUUGUCACAGAUGAGACCUUGGGCUUCAUUCAGAAAAGCAGACGCCUCCUGGUUGUUCUAAGUCCCAACUACGUGCUCCAGGGAACCCAAGCCCUCCUGGAGCUCAAGGCUGGCCUAGAAAACAUGGCCUCUCGGGGCAACAUCAACGUCAUUUUAGUGCAGUACAAAGCUGUGAAGGAGACGAAGGUGAAAGAGCUGAAGAGGGCUAAGACGGUGCUCACGGUCAUUAAGUGGAAAGGGGAGAAAUCCAAGUAUCCGCAGGGCAGGUUCUGGAAGCAGCUACAGGUGGCCAUGCCAGUGAAGAAAAGUUCCAGGUGGUCUAGAAGUGGCGAGCAGGGUCUCUCCUAUUCGUCUUUGAAAAAUGUAUGAAAGGGCCAUGAAAGGGGUAAAACAAUCCAAGGGUGCUCCAGGAAGGAAGAGUCCCCCCCUUUUUAUUCCCAAUUUAUUGUUUCAUGGACAAAAAGUUUUUUAUGGAAACCUCUCCAUAGAGAUAAAUUCAGGGUGAUGGUAUGGCAGGCUAUUGUGUUUCAUCAGGCAAUACUGCAGUUUAGAGUGAUAGUGCCACCAUCUGUCACCAGCAUCUGAUGUCACCAUAUUCUUGCAGACAAAGACCUGGUAGAUGAGAAUUUCCCCUUCUGUACCCUCCAUUCCUGUUCCUACUUGUCUCUAUUCUCUCUCUCUCUCUUUUUUUUUUUUUAAUAAUCUUAACGUUAUGGGGCAGGCUUUGUUUGCUGUGGAUUUAAAGAUCCCUUAAAGAAAGGGUCAUUAUGAGUUUCCAAAUAUAGAUUUAUUUUUUUUUUGUUUUAACUUAUCCAUUAAGAAUAUAAUCAGGGGCUAAAUUUAUUUUAGCUUAGGAUAAUGAGCUCUCUUGCUCAUUCAACUGUAUAAGACACCAUCACAGCAAGACUGAUACCCAUUUGGGACAAUAUAAAGCAGUGUAGCUGAAAAUGUUCCUUAUAAUUGGUUUAAAGGGCUUGCCUGCAUUGUCUGGUACUAUUUCCUUAUGCCCUCUAUCUCAGGUAACUGAUAUCAUAUUUGUCAACUUGAGAAAUAUAUCAUACUUUUUUAUAACAGUAAACUGAUUAACUGUAGGUUGACCCAUAUUUAUCACCCCAUCUUCCUAUCAACUGCAUCAUGUGUUAGUCAUUCGGAGUUUACAGGUAGCUCCACACUUGGUUCAGUCUGAUAGGAAGCAUCUCUUAAUGGUGCUAAUAGCAAGUAAAAAACCAGAAAAAUGCUUUAAAGGCAUUUUCUGGCUGAUGGGAAAAGCAUAGAACAAGGUGUUUGUCAAUUUGUUUAUUAAUCUCAGCCUUGCUGAUGUGACUAUUAGGAAAGUAAUUUCUCCUCACUUGUUUCUGUCUCUCCGUGGUAAAGUGUGAAUGUUAGACUCAGUGACCUUGACAGUGCUUUUAGCAUUAAUAUCCUAAGAGCAUUAAUGGGACCCCCAAGUAUUUUUCACCUUUUAUUCACUGGUAAAUUAAUAUGUUCACUCUAAACAAGUCUGUCUGAAAAGUCACUGUCAAUGAAACUUGUUUUAGUUUAAGGAAAAUUUUACUGUUCUUAAGACUUGGAAAAGUGAAAACUAAAUCCAGAGUUUACAUAGUGGUGAAUAUCUAUGUUACAUAUAGAUUUUAAAUAUAUAUAUGUACAUACACAUGAGAUU